GCAGGCGGUGUGCAGCAUCUAUUGAUAUGUGAAGCCAGUACUCCGUGCAUAGCGUAAUAUUGUAGGCGCGAUACGUACUUCCUUUCGCACAAAGCACCGAAUCACCUAUUCUCAUCAGGCUAUCAUAUUUCGACUCUUCUAAGUGUUAGAUUUAUAUCACAUUCAGGCUGGCCUUCGAAAUCCUGUUUGUUCGUGAGAAAUGGCCGAGUUUCUUUCGCAACUCACCUCAGUGUCAUCAGGUAGCUCCGAUGAAGACUAUGACAGGCGGAUCCGUGACCUCAUCACAUACCUUCAACAGCCGAGUAGAGCUUCUGAGCUUUCAGUGGCCAGUGAAUAUUUGCUAGAUAACCUCGAUCCUUAUCUACACACCCUGUCUUAUUUAUCAGUCUUGCUUCUUAAGAUCCAGUCCCUCCAGGGCAGUAACAGGAGCCGGCUACCCGAGCAAAUUUAUCCCGGGCGAGAACUAUGGCUCAAGGCUAUUCGGUUUUUGAGAAGCUUUGAUCCUUUUCAAAUACGGUAUGCUGGUCACGAAUGGCGCCGACUAGUACAGCUUGUGGUCCAUGCUGCGCAGGCUGUCUCCAAGCCACUCCUGGCAGUUCUAGCUGUCAGGGAUGCCAUACUUCGACUUGACCCCUUGUCUGAGGUCCUCACGUCAGUUCACACUACGUUUAUUAAACUCACUUUGAUGUCUAGGUCGUAUAACCUUGCAGUGCCAGUUUUGGAGAGACAGGUUUGUCAUUUUCCUACUGUUACUGGACAGGCUUAUCAGAAUUAUCAUCAGCCUUUGCUUUGCGGGGAACACGAUUCUAGUACAGCGUUUAUAACCAAUGCUUCUGGAUUUUCCAAGCAGUUGACAUACAGAGACCAUCUGCAAUUUUUUCUCUAUGGUGCAAUGAUAUACAUGGCGCUAAAAAGGUGGGAUAGGGCACUUCACUAUUUGAGCAUAGUGAUAUCCUGCCCUGUCACAAACGCCGUCAGCAAGAUUAUGGUAGAAGGGUACAAAAAGUGGCUCUUGGUCAACCUGUUGCGAAACGGAAAGUUGACCGCACAUCCUGAUGUUGUCUCCUCACAUGUUAUCAGAGCAUAUCAGUCCUUGGUGAAGCCAUAUACCUCACUGGCCGAUGCAUUCGUGAAGGGUGAUUAUCAAAGGUUAAACGCCGAAGCUGAAGCUGCACAGUCCAUUUGGCGCGUAGACAAUAACACCGGCCUUGUCCACCAAGUAAUCAAGGCAUUCAAUAAAUGCAUGACCCUGAAAUUAGGGAGGACGUUUUCUGCCCUUACGAUGGCAGAUGUAACACAGCAGGCAUCCGAUUGCUCAUCCCCGCUCCGUGAAGUUGAGUCAUUUGUGGCAUCACUGGUAAUGUCAGGGGCUUUCAAUGCUGUCUUGCUACAAUCACAUAACCCUGACAACACUACAAUGCUUCGAUUUUCCAAUCCAAUAAAGUCCCUCUAUUCGCGGGAACUAUGUGCACGGGGGAAGAUAGUGAAAGAGGGCCGCCAAUUGGCUUGUAUUGCGCAAAAUAUUUAUCAAUCCAACCAUGGGCUGGAGCUGAGUGAUGAGCAUUUUCUGUUUUCGCAGAAGAGCCUCAGGUGGUCUGACAAUUCUGGAAAGAGCCCACUUGACGAGGCGGCCGGUGGGGUUGACAUUGAAGAAGAUAUUAUGGGUGAUAUCCAUUGAAAUACUAAAGCAACGAAUGAUGUGCUUCACACUUUUUACUUGGCCUAUUUUAAGGGUACCUACGGAAUUGCCCCUCCAGUAUCACCCUCGUGCAAGGCGAGCUGGUUCGGCUACGAAGCAGAAACUAUAAAAAAGGCUUUAAAGCCUGAUUGGACGGUGGCUAUACUGGAUAUAUCAUUGUAACGGCGGGUUAUAUAAGUCAGUCCCAGGGCUUCGGGGUCGUUGACCCCGAAUUAUUCUGACUUUUUGGCCUUGUGGAAUAGGGUGCCCUGGCUCUAUCUCUUACAAUCAUACCGGGAGGCCAGGAGAUCGAGGAUCACUGCAGCAAGACAUACAGAGCGC